CAUGCAGCGCGGUAUGGACACGUCGCUCCGAGCUCACCAUAGAGAAGCGGUUUCGCUGUCAUGGCGGCCGUCGAGCUGGCGGAGGCCGGCCCGGUUUACAUAAAGUGAGGGCCGGUAAUAAGCAAUGAGUGACUCGGACCGGACUCAGCUUAUCGAUACCGGAGUACUGCGGCCUCGGUGUUUCCCACUUGUUGUAUCCAGCCGGAAGGACCCCUAGCCCGGACACACAGCUUGCAUAGUACCGGCCGCUGUCCCCGGUAACAUGGCCUCCUGGUUCGGGGGGCUGGGCUCCGGCCUGGGGCAGUCCCUGGGGCAGGUGGGAGGCAGCCUGUCAUCCAUCUCCGGGCAGAUCUCCAGCUUCACUAAGGACAUGCUGCUGGAGGGCGCUGAGGAGACCGGGGAUGUUGCCGGUGAAGACAAAGACAAAGUGUCUAAUGUACAGUCCAUGCUCAAAUCGGAGAAUGAAAGGCUGCGUAAGUUAUGUACCGAACUGGAGGAAAAACAUGAGACAGCCGAGCUUCAAGUGAAACAGCAAUCUAUUGAUUACCGGAAUCGGCUGCAGCAAAAAGAGGUGGAAAUAAGCCACUUGAAAGCCAAGUUGAAUUCCCUCCAUGAUGAAAUGCAGAAGAUGCCUGCCUCUGCACAGCUUACCAGUGUUUCCCUCCAGGCUGCUACCCAAUCUCCUUUCAUGCCCAGCAUACCGCCACCUCAGUCUGCUUUCCAAGGAGACGAGAUGGACUUUAGUGAUGUCAUCUGGUCCCAGCAAGAGAUCAAUAAUCUGUCUAAUGAAGUGUCCAGGCUGGAAGCUGAGGUGUCACACUGGAAGCAGGUGGCACAGUUGUCUAAAAUUCAAGGAGUGCAAACAUCUGACCCAAGUGAGAUCUCUACCUUACAAAAUAUUAUUAAGGAGUUGAAGCAAAAACGGAAUCAGGAGCUGGAUGAGCACCAACAUCAGCUUUCCAUCUUACAAGACACACAUCGACAGAAAUUGGCAGAACUCACCAGGCGGCACCGAGAAGAGCUUACUGAAUAUGAGGAGAGAAUAGAAGAGCUGGAAGAGCAGUUAUCCCAAGGCAGCAGUUAUGUUGCUGGUGAAAAACCAAAACUGUUGGAGAUGCAAAAGACUAUUAAUGCUCUUGAAACCGAGAAAGCUGAAAACGUUCAAAACAUACAACGCCUCGAGCAACAAUUGGGAGAUCUGACGAAGGAAUUGUUUUCAUCCAGAGAAGAGAAGACUGUUCUGUCUCAGGAGAAAGAGUUGGCAAUGGAAGAAAGGAACCAGCUGGCUAUAAAUUAUGAAAAACUGAGCAUGGAGCUACAGGAGCUGCAAAAACUACAGACCGACACAGCAGCUGAUGUGACCUCAGUGCAAGGAGAAAAUCUACGGCUCCAGCAAGCACUGAUUGAUGCAAAAAAUGAAAUUACUCAAAAAAACCUCCUAAACCAGUCCACUGGAAAGGAUACAUCAGAACUUCAGCAAGAAAAGGAACAGCUAGAGAAAGACAUGAAAGAACUACAAAUGGAGCUGAGUCGUCUACAAUCUUGGUCUGCCGUGGAACCCAAUAAUGCCUUGGAGCAAGUGAAGAGAGAGCUUGUGGAGAGUGAACUCCAAGUGAAGGAAAUUUUUAAUGAAAAAGAAACUCUGGCAGCGGAACUCGAGGAACUCGACAAGCAGAACCAAGACGCCAUGCAGCACUUGCUGUUAAUGAAAGAGCAGUUGUCUAAGCAGAAAAAUGAGGCAGAAUCCAGCAUUGCCCAGCUCAAAGAAGAACUGGGAAGGGAGAAGUCAAAUGUAUCCAAGAUUACAUCUGAAAAUGAAAAUUUAAGAAAAGAAAUGGAUGUGCAGCAGGAAAAGCUAACCCAGACAGCAUUUGCUCUGAAUGAGUUGCACAUGGGAAAUCAGGAGCUUUCUGGUCAAGUGAAGGACCUAACGGAGAAACUUAGCCAGUUGGAAACCUUAAGUUCUACUAUUAGGAAGGAGAACUUAGAACUCCAGAAAAAUCUGAAACAAGUUGAAGAGGAACUUGCAGUUGCCAGGCAAGACUCUCAUUCUGGAGCCCAAGAUGAAGAAACCCAAUCAGAGAUUGUAAAAUUAAAGAAUCACAUUUCAGAAGUCAACCAGUUGAAGGAGGAGCUUGAUAAAGAAAUUUGUGAUCUCAAGAUGGAGAACGAGAUGCUCCUGUCCACACAAGAUCAGACAAAACUCCAGUUACAGCAGCUACAGGCAUCAACUGGGAAAGACUCUUUUGAGAAGCAGACCCUAAUCGAAGCUUUAAGAACGGAAAAGUCUCAGUUGGAACUUGAGCUGAACCAGAUGGAAAGCAGAUUGGUUGAUCAAGCUCAGAAAUAUGAACGCACCAUUGAAGAACUUUCUAAUGCUCAGAAAAUGGACACUUCUGCCUUGCAGAUAGAACAUGAACGUCUGGUUAAACUCAAUCAAGAUAAAGAUUUCCAGUUGGCAGAAAACAAGAGGAUUUUAGAGCAAAUAAAAACAGAUUAUGAAGAGACCAAGGAAAUGUUGACAAACAGUUUAGAAGGACAGAAGCAACUGACAGAGUUAAUAAGUGAAAAGGAGAAAUUUGUCAAUGAGAUGAAGGAAAAGAAUAGAGAGUUACAGAGGGGUUUUGGGCAGUAUACAAAGAUCUCUGAGGAAUGUACUACUUUAAGACAGAAUGUUGAAGAAAAGGAAAGAAUCCUUGCGUCAAUGAAGGAAGAUAACAGCCACCUAAAGGAAGAGAUUGAACGUUUAAAGGACCAACAGAGCAGAUCUCCGCCUCUGGUUGAACCCAAGACAUUAGAUCUCAUUACAGAGCUUGAGGCAGAGAUAACACAGCUUACGAAAGUUCAGAAUAAUUAUGAAGAAGAGCUGAAACUCCAAAAAAAGACAGCAGAAAAACAAAAUCAAAACUAUAUGCAGCUUCAACAGUCUUUGCAGCAUAAAAUCAAAGAAAUGGAUGACGUCAAAACGGAACAUAAGAAGGUGGUAGAUACAUAUGAGAAGCUGCUGUCUGAAAAAGACAGUGAGAUUUGCAGUCUUCAACAAACAAAUGAGCUAAUCAGCUCACAGUUGCAGAACGAGCACAUGGUCAAUACUGAUUCAUCGGUCAUACUCCAGGUCUCGAAAGUACAAACGAGCAGUGGGGACAAUGGAAACGAGAAACACGAUUUGUCCAAAGCAGAGAUUGAUCGGUUAGUGAAAGGCAUUAAAGAAAAGGAGCUGGAGAUUAAAACCCUUAAUGAGAAAAAUGUUACGUUGACCAAGCAAAUUGAUCAGUUGUCCAAAGAUGAAGUUGGAAAACUCACUCAAAUCAUUCAACAGAAAGAGAUGGAAAUACAGAGUCUACAUGCAAGGGUUGCUUCAGUUAAUUAUAUGCAAGAUGUAGUUUAUUUGCAGCAACAGUUACAAGCCUACGUCAUGGAAAGGGAACAAGUGCUGGCUGUUUUAAGUGAGAAGACAAGAGAGAAUAGUCAACUGAGGACAGAGUAUCAUAAGAUCAUGGAUGUGGUGGCAGCUAAAGAGUCAGCAUUAUUAAAACUUCAGGAAGAGAAUCAAAGACUUUCACACAGCCAAGAAGGAAGCACACAAGAGAUGUUUAGGGAGACUAUUCAGAACUUGUCUCGGAUAAUUCGAGAGAAAGACAUAGAGAUUGAUGCAUUAAGCCAGAAAUGCCAGACUUUAUUGACUGUCUUACAGGCUUCCAAUUCAGAAAACAGCAAUGAAUCUGGUAGUGUCAACAGCAACCAGUUUGAAGAGUUGUUGCAGGAACGGGACAAGCUCAAACAGCAGGUCAAGAAAAUGGAGGAGUGGAAACAGCAAGUUAUAACUACUGUUCAAAACAUGCAACAUGAGUCGGCCCACCUCCAAGAAGACCUUCACAAACUUCAAGGGCAGAUUACAGUAGAUGGAGACUCCAAUUCUAAAUUGCAAGUAGACUAUAACAGCCUCAUUCAAAACUAUGAACAAAACGAGUCAAAGCUUAAAGGCCUUAGUUUAGAGUUGAGCAGUGUCCAGCAUAGUAUAGUGCAGCUUAACGAUACAAAAGAACUUAUUUUAGGAAAACUGGACAGUGUCAGUCUUCAGACAAGUCCAUCUGCUGCUGUUAUCUUGUCAGAUAGUCCUUCAGCUCUGUCGUCUGAGCCUAAAGAUGAACAGGUUAUGAAACUUAUGCAUGAAUGUCAACAAUUGAAAAUGCAAGUGCAAGAGAGGGAUGUCACAAUCCGUACUCUCCAAGAGAACAAUCAGAGGUUGUCCAACUCUAUUGCCCUGUCAUCAGAUAGGAAGAAUCGUGAAGAUCUCCUCUCGGAGAUGAAGCAAGUUAAAGAAAAAAAUGAUCUUCUGCACAAGUCACUUAAAGAAAAGGACCUCUUGAUAAAAACCAAGGGUGACAAAUUAAACUCUGCCAUUGAGAACCUGAGAAACAAGGAGAAUGAAAAUGAACUUCUGAAACAGGCUGUCACCAAUCUCAAAGAAAGGGCGCUGAUUCUGGAAAUGGACAUCCGCAAAUUAAAAGACGAGAAUGAGAAGGUUGUGGCCAAAGGCAUAGAGAAAGAAACAGAGUUCCGGGCAUUGCAUGAAACCAACAUGCAGUUCUCAAUGAUGCUGCGAGAGAAGGAGUUUGAGUCUCAUUCCAUGAAAGAAAAGGCCUCGGCACUUGAGAAUCUCCUUAAAGAAAAAGAGCAGGGCAAGACUGGAGAAUUAAAUCAUCUAUUAAAUGAAGUCAGAUCCAUGCAGGAGAAAGCGAUUUUGUUUCAACAUGAGAGAGAUCAAGUUAUGUUGGCUCUGAAACAGAAGCAGAUGGAAAGUGGUGCCUUGCAGAACGAGGUUCAACAUUUCCGGGAUAAAGAGCAUCGCUUAAACCAAGAGCUGGACAGGUUGCGUAAUCACCUUUUAGAAAUCGAAGACUCCUACACAAGAGAAGCAGUGGCUGCAGAAGAUCGCGAAACAGAGCUGAGGAGGAAAGUCUCUGUUUUGGAAGAUAAGCUUUCAUCUUCGUCCAGUGCAGUAGAAAAUGCCAGCCAUCAAGCUACAAUGCAAGUUGAGUCUUUGCAGGAGCAACUUAACCUAGCCUCACGGCAGAGAGAUGAAGCUGUAAUGCAACUGAACAUGUCUCAAGAACAAGUCAAACAAUAUGCAAUGUCUCUUACCAACCUGCAGAUGGUGCUAGAGCAGUUUCAACAGGAAGAGAAGGCCAUGUAUUCCGCUGAGCUGGAUAAACAUAAGAAGCAAAAUGCAGACUUAAAGCAGAGAACUGAAAAACUAGAAAACAAGGUUAUCUAUCUGCAGGAAAGAUUGGAUGAAGCAAACAGUGCACUUGAGGCUGCAUCGAGGCUGACUGAGCAACUGGAUCUGAAAGAGGAACAAAUGGAGGAGCUGAAGAGACAUAGUGACCUGAAGCAGGAGAUGCUGGAAGAUGCUCAAAACAAACUGAUGAAUCUGUUACACAGCACGGAGGGGAAGGUAGACAAGGUUUUAAUGAGAAACUUGUUUGUUGGUCACUUCCAUACUCCUAAAAAUAAACGCCACGAAGUGCUAAGAUUAAUGGGGAGCAUUCUCGGAAUCGACAAAGCGGAGAUGGAGGAGCUCCUGAUCGAAGAGCGUCGCGGCGUGACCAGGUGGGUGACCGGCUGGCUUGGUGGAGGAUCUCCAAGCUCAAAGAGUGUACCCAGCACGCCCCAGAGACCCAACUACUCCUCCGUUUUCAAUAGUUCUUUUUCAGAGCUCUUUGUGAAGUUCUUGGAGACAGAAUCGCGUCCCACUCUUUCUGGACCCAAGCUCUCUAUGCAAGACAUGGUGCAUCCAGCACCAGGAAAUACAGGCACAGCCACUUCUGGGACAGCCAUGGCUGGGUCAAGCAGAAGAGCAGAUUCCAACCCUUUCCUGGCCCCCCGUUCAGCUGCUGUACCCCUCAUCUCAACUUCCUCCCUGGGGUCAAGCGCAUCGGGACACCUACUCAUGAAGCCAAUAUCUGAUGCCCUACCCACUUUCACCCCUAUGCCUGUGUCAUCGGAAUCGAGUGCUGGAGCAGUGCUCAAAGAUCUUUUAAAGCAAUAGACUGAUCAGAGCAAGGAGCUUGACCAAUUUUAGCACUUUAAAAACAAAACACUAUUGUAUAUAGAAGAACCCAAAGAGGCCUUUUGUACAAUCAGAUGAUAGAUUUUAUUUGGAGUAAUCUGCACUUGUUCUGCAACUGUAGCAACACUGCCCAACUCAAGAACUCUACCGAUGUAUUUAACGGCUAAGCCACGAUUACAGUGCAGUAAAUGCCAAGUGGAAACUGAUGGUUUAAACCCAUUAUACCCAAGGAAGUAUCUUCUACUACAUGUGUGUGUGUGUUCCCAAAAAAACAUUUGCAGCUUCUGCAGGUGUUUACGUUCUAAGAUGUACAGUUUUACAUUCGGUUAUUAGACCAGUGUUCAUUUUUAUUUUUUGUUGUGUGUAAUUUAUAGAAACCUGGCCCCGCAGUUUACAGGAAGU